CCUCCCCGGUGCGCGGCCAUUGCAGCGCCGGCCGGCCGGCCGAGGAUGAUCACCAACACGCGGGGCUUCCUGUGGUCCGACCUGGAGACGCGGGCGCUGCUGGAGAUCUGGGGCGAGGCCGACGUGCAGUCCGCGCUGGACGGGAACUUUCGGAACAGCCAUGUGUACCGGGACGUGGCCUGCCGCCUGGCCGAGCUGGGCUUCGAGCGCACCCCGGAGCAGUGCCGCAUCCGCAUCAAGGGCCUCAAGCGCCAGUACUACCAGGCCCGGGACGGGCUGAAGAAGAACGGGCACGCCCGCAAGAUCUGCAAGUACUACGACGAGAUGGACCGGAUCCUCAGCUGCCGGGGCGGGCCGGACAGCGCGCCCGAGCCGCUGGCCCAGCCCGCCGACAGCGCCCAGCCCGCCGCCGGGCCGCCCACGCCGGGCACCCCCCACAACAGCCGCGAGCCCGACACCGAGCUCGACGAGGACGCCGAGCUCGAGUCCCCCCACGACCACUUCACCGAGGACUCGGGCGAGUGCUCGUCCUACGCCGAGCACCCCAUCAAGGUGGAGUGCCCCCCGUUCGCCAUUCCCGUGCCGCCCGCCGAGGGUGAGUACCAGCAACCGGGCCGGGGAGCCCCACCCCGUAUACACGCCGGCUUUAAACAAAUCAAUGCUCAAACCAGUACACAACCACUCUCUCAACCCAAAAGAUCAAAAAAACGCCAUGCAAAUUUAACACUGGAUAAAAUGAUGGAAAAAUUCCUACAACAAAGUGUGGAUACAGAAGAGAAAUUUUACAAAUAUGAAGAGCAGCGGCUUAAAAUUGAGGACAAGCGCCGUGAAGCUGAGCAUGCUCGAGAACUCCAGAUGUUACAAAUGUUGGGACAGAUGUUGGCAGGAAUUUCUUCUACAGUAUCACAAAGGUCACAGUCUAUGCCAACUAGUCCUCCUCAGAGAGCAAAUCACCGAUCAUAUGGCGAUAACUUUAAUUAUAAUGCUAUGACAGCAGCACUUUCUCCACCAAUAGUUAUCGAGAGAGCCUUUUCACUACACAAAACACAUUCUAUAAAGGACAUGGAGAAUAUUUUUCAAUUGGUGCGCAAUGUUAUUCCUCCUCUAACAGCAAAGAAGCAUAAAGGUCAAGAUGGACGGAUAGGCAUCGUGGGAGGAUGUCAAGAGUACACUGGGGCACCAUAUUUUGCUGCAAUUUCAGCUCUAAAAGUGGGUGCAGACUUAUCCCACGUAUUUUGUACCAAAGAUGCAGCAGCUGUAAUAAAGUCAUAUAGUCCAGAACUGAUUGUUCAUCCAGUGCUUGACAGUCCUAAUGCUGUUCAUGAAGUGGAAAAGUGGUUGCCGCGACUGCAUUCAGUUGUCAUAGGACCUGGUUUAGGUAGAGAUGACGUACUACUUGAGAAUGCUAAGGGUAUUAUAGAAAAAGCCAAGGUCAAAGGAAUUCCGAUUGUCAUUGAUGCUGAUGGAUUGUGGCUCAUUUCCCAACAGCCCUCUCUUAUUCAAGGUUACCAGCGAGCGAUUCUUACUCCAAACUAUAUGGAGUUUAGCAGACUUUAUGAAGCUAUGCUUAGAGAUCCUGUGGAUAGCAAUGAUCACCAUGGAUGUGUGUUACGGCUCAGUCAAGCCAUGGGGAAUUUGACAAUUGUUCAGAAAGGAGACAGAGAUCUUAUUUCAGAUGGAGAAAAAGCCUGGUCUACACUUGUUGACUUCCUGCUCUACAAAGAUGUGCCCCACCAUUCUGUUGUACUUGUAUGCAGUCAUGAAGGAAGCAGCCGAAGAUGUGGUGGACAAGGGGACCUUCUUUCAGGUUCUCUUGGAGUCUUGGCACACUGGGCAUUUCUUGCUGGACCAGAAAAAACUAAUGGUCAAAAUCCUUUUCUAGUGGCUGCAUUUGGUGCUUGUUCUCUUACAAGGCAAUGUAACAACCAAGCCUUUCAAAAAUGUGGACGUUCAAUGACUACAUCUGAUAUGAUUUCAGAAGUUGGAUCAGCUUUUAACAAACUUUUUGAAACCUGAAGCCAAAGCAGCAGAGUGGAAGGAAAGGAAGAACAAUGGCUACAACAGUAAUUACAUUUACAGUAGAAUAUACAUAAGUAAUGCACCCUUUCAAGUGCUGUAGCAGCAUUGGUAUGCUAGGUAGGUUUUUUUUUUUUUAAGAAUAGAAAAAAUGAUUAAUGUAGAUAGUUUUUUAAGAGUUUGGAAUACAAAAAAUGUUUUGGCUGAAAUAUGCUGUAGUUGCAGAUCUGUUAUAUAAUAUAAUAAAACUAAAGUGAAAGUAUUCCUCUGUUCUUUCAUAGUUAUUGAGCAAUAACUAAAGUGUGUGUGAACUGCAAAAAUGCACUUGAUACUUAAGAAGAAAGUAAAAUUCUUCCACCAGCUGAACUGAAUUUCUUGGCUUGCACCAAGGUUGUCAUGAUUUUGUUAUUAAACUCUGUAUCUAGAAUUAGCUACUGCACUUCAUUUUUCUCCACAUUAAUAUUUUUUCCCCUUUUUAAAGAUGCCUCUUUGGAAAGGGAAAGCUUGGGAGUUCCUUUCAAUUUUGAAUGUAAUUGGUUGCCUUUGCCCAUUCUUAGACACUGAGGCAGCAAUAUCUGAUUUGAAAUUCUUGCUCUUCAUUUUUCAGAGAAAAUGAGGCUCUUGUUUUAAAAAGUAAAGGGGGGGGAACCCCCUUAAAAUAAGGAUUUACUCUAGAAGUGUUGGCAUGAAAGGUAGGAAUUAUGUUUAGCUGAAAUAAUUUACUGUAUAUUCCAUCUACUGCUCUAGACUAAAAUUGAAUAUGGAACACAAUGUGAAAUGUAAUCAUUUGAAGAAAAGGUACUAGGUGUGGUGAGGAACUAGUGAUAUUUAAAUGGUCAAAAAUGUCAGUGGUGGUAGAAGGUUGAGUGCUUUUAUGCCAGCUCAAAACAAGUUAUAACUCAAACUGCUGGAGUAGAGCUCUGAGCACAUUACUGUAUGGAUGCAUAUGUGGCUAUUGCCACCAUAAAUAAUAAUUGAGGAGCCAGAAAGCUGCACUUAAUUAUACAAUGUUAGUGCCAUGCAGGCAGUCAAAUACAGUUAGUCCACUAGGAGACUGUACUGGGCCCAGGGGAUAGAAAAGAAGUGGGGGUGGUCAAGCCUUGGCUGUCGCAAGGUUUUUAAAGGCUUUUACUGGAUCAUCAUUUAACAAAGGCAGCACUUUAGUGUCAAGGAGGACAGGUCAGCAGUUCCGUGUGUGUCUUGCUGUUUGAGUAGAUGCAGGCAGGAAUAAAUCAGAAGUUGAGAGAUUUGUGCAGUAUGGGUUUCUUAAGCUUCUGGACAUAGUUUAAUAUUGGGGUAAAACUAAUUUAUGGGGGGGAGUCAGAAGUACAUUUUUUGAAGUUUCAGUAAGUACCAACUUACUGCCCUAUGGUUUAGCCUAUAAUCUAACUCAAUGUGCAUAUUCAUUAGAGCAUAGGGACUAAUUUUGUAAACUAUCUACUACAGUAAUUAUUAGAUGUUACAUAUUCAUUUAAACCAUUUUUCCAGUGGCCUAUUUCUAGAAUGGAGUUUAGUACCCUAUAUAUUAGUCAGAUUGCACUUUCACAUCUUGUAAUAACUUCCUUCAGUGAACACAUUAAAUCAGAAAGGCUCUUCUGAGUAGCUCUGGCCCUUAUAAUUCAUAUUUUUGGAUGCACUGUGACUACUACCUCACCCCAAUGCAUUUUUGUUUUUCUUUCUAAACUGGUAACCUAUUUUUAAAAUAGGUUUUUAUGUUUGCUCAUUUUAUUCUGUUGGGGUUCUAAGACUUUUAAAAUUAGAGCAGUUGUUUACUCCUAAGAAAAGGCUUCGCAGUGUUUUACCAAAGCACUGGUUUGUAAACUAUUUUCCUGGGGAACAGAAGCUAUUGUCGUUUUCUCCCCUUGGAAUGACUUUUGAACUCUAAUUCCUAAAAUCAAAAAGUUACAGUUUUAGAACAGUUGUUGAAUUGAUUUUAAAAUGAGUUUUUUGUAUUUGGUAUGUAAGAAGUAUUAUUUCUAAAUUACAUUUGUAGGGAAAGCCAAAUCAAAUAAGACCUUUUGGGUUUUUGUUUUUUCAAAAUGAAAUUGCUUGAUAUCAGAGGUCAGUAUAAAUUUCAAUUUGCCUUUGUUUUAACUAUAUACAGAAGUAACUUUGUUAUUCACCAUUGUAUACAAAUUGUUACAAGUUAAUUUUAAAAGAUUCUGGAAAUGUAGCAAGUUUCUUUCCAUAGGAAAUAAAACUAUAGCAAAUAAAACAAAA